CUCUUCUUCAAUCGAACCCCUAAAACCCUAAUGCCAAUGUCUCUUUUAUAUCCUUCACUGGAGGAGCUGGAGAGGUGGAAAGGAGAAGCGGGAAGGGAUUUUGAUUCUCAAAUUUAGUUGGAGUUGGAGAUCAACAUUAAGUUUCUUCUUUGCCUGCACCAUACGGAAGUCACAUUUGAGAAGGAUUUUAUGAUUUUGUAAUGGACAAGAAGCCUAGAAAAGAAGUAAGUAAGAAAGCCGCAAAGCUUAAAUUGAAAAGGAGAAAGCUAAUAAAUGAAGCUGACCCUGAUAAAUCUACUGAAGUCAGCGAAAGGCCUCUCAAAGAACGACCAUGGAUCUAUAGAAGACAUGAAGUCUAGAAAAAAAGUAAGCAAGAAAGCAGCAAAGCUUAAAUUGAAAAAGAGAAAGUUAAUAAAUGAAGCUGGGCUCUAUAAAUCUACUAAAGUCAAUGAAGGCUUCUCAGGGAAUAACAACCAAGGAAUUAUAGACGGAGACAAGCCAACUAGCCAAGAACCUGGGGACAGAAAAGGCAUGUUAUCAUCAAGGAAAAAACAAAGAAGAGACGAGGCAAACAAAACUGAUAAAACUGCUGGCGAAUUUCCUCACAAGUGCACAGAUGCAUUGGCUGGAAACAAAUACUCCUGGAGCAACAAGCAGUAUUUAUGUGAAAGAACCUAACGCCUCCAACGUGAAGAUUGAGCCUGGCACUUCUCCAAGAAUCAAGAAAGCAAAAAAAGGCAAGAAACACAUGACUAGGAUGGAAAGAGAAGUUACAAAAAAUGAGGAAAAACAUUUAUUGAUGCCAAAAAUAAAAUUAGAAGAAAACAUCAAUGAAAUUGAUGAUGCAAUGGUUGAUCAAAUCUCUGCAGUGGAUGAAGACUGUUCACGAGGAAUGAAAAAAUGGCUUAUUGAACACAAACAAAGAAGACCUGGACUGAAGAUUUUGCAACAAAGAAUUGAUGAAUUCAUAAUUGCUCAUGAAGAGGAGCAGGAACAGGCAAGGAAGGAGCAAGAAGCACGUGCCGCAGAGGGAGGAUGGACUGUGGUGGUGCACCAUAAAGGUAGAAAAAAGACUACUGAGGCUGAAACCGGAGUCACUGUUGGUUCUGUUGCCCAAGCUGCUGUGAUGGACAAAAUGGCUAAAAAGAAAGCACAAGAACCUGUUUCAAAUUUUUACAGGUUUCAGCGAAGGGAAGCCCAGAGGAAUGAGGUGAUGAUGCUCCAAAGCAAAUUUGAGCAGGACAGAAAACGGAUACAACAGCUGAGAGCUGCGAGGAAGUUCAGGCCCUACUAAUCUAGUGAAUCUUUCUCCGAGUUAUUUCCCAUUGGUUUGUCGGAAUGAUGAUGAUUUAUUCUCUAUUCAUAGCCGGAGAAUUCGAAUUCACCGAGAUUUAACUUGAGGGGCUUAUAUAUGUUUGACCUUCAGAAUUUUAUCUUCUUGCAACAAUGGUGGAAAAAGAGAAUUUUGGAGAAAAGGUUCUUUUGGAUUCACACUUUUGAUCAGUAAAAACUAAAUACAAAAUAACUUUAUUUUCAGUGUCAUUUGUAGGAGGAUUAGUAGAAUGCACCAUGGCUUCAGAUGUAUUGAACUUAGAUGUGCGGUUCCAACUUAUUGCAUGCAAUUGAUCAGUGUUUGUUUGAUUAUAUCA